AGCAAGUGUCCAGAGGGCAAAUGGUCAGCAGAACAGCUACAAGCAACUUGUACACAUCCUUGGGCCUUAGAAACUAAAACUCAUACAAUCAGACUAGGUACUGCACUGGGUACCUCAAGAGGAUCUGUCAAAAUACUGGCUAAAUCCUUAUGGAGUUGGAGAGAUUAGAACCAGCCAGCUCUCACAGGCUGAGCACAGAGAAAAAUCUGACUGUUCUGCAACUCUCUGCACACCCGGUAUACACAUCUUGGGCCAGAGUAGAAACAGCUGAACCGGCAUCAGGAACGAUGACACCUGGACAGACCGAUGCCACGGUACAGGAGAAACAGGCAACAACAAGGGAUUGGUCUACUGUUGUGUUUCCACAAAAGUCUUCUGUUACAGCACCAGCCCAAAAGUGCUUUCCAGACCAAGGCUCGAUUCGUGAGCAGGAGACCAGCUCAACUGCGAACCUUGAAGACACUGAGGACAAUGAGGAGUUCCUAGAGCAGCUCAUGUCCAUCACCUCACACAGUUUACCCCAGAUGGAGGUAGAGGAGAAAUACAGCAUAGCCAAGGAGCUAGGUAGUGGUUCCUAUGGGCAUGUUCUGCAGGUUCAGCACCGUGAGAGAGGAACCUCAAUGGCUCUGAAGCUGAUGUCCAAAGAGCGGACGGGGAGGAGGGAGUUUCUGCGGGAAUACUGUAUUGCUCUCUGCCUGUCCUCACACCACAUCCUUCUCCGAACCACUGGCAUUGCUUUUGAGACAUCCACACAUUAUGGCUUUGCACAGGAGCUGGCACCAGCUGGUGAUCUCUGUGCCAUCCUGGAGUCAGGGGAGGGCCUUCCUGAGAUACAGGUGAAGCGAUGUGCUGCUCAGUUGGCUGAUGCACUGGAUUUCAUGCAUGGCAAAGCAUUGGUGCAUCGGGACAUUAAAUUGGACAAUGUGCUGCUUUUUGACAAAGAGUGUCGUCAGGUGAAACUGGGAGACUUUGGCCUCACACGAGUAGAAGGCACACAAGUAGCUGCCAUGUCUGGCACUCUGCCCUAUUCCCCACCUGAGCUGUGCCUGCUGGAAGGCACUGAAACUUUGGCUCUUGACACUAGCCUGGAUGUCUGGGCCUUUGGGGUGCUGCUAUUCUGUCUCUGUACUGGUUGCUUCCCUUGGGAUGUGGCAAUGAGCCCUGACCCUCAGUUUGAUGAAUUUGGCAUCUGGCAGAACCGCACAGUGCCAGGGGAGGCCCCGUGCCUGUGGAAAGGCUUAACCACCCAUACAUUGGACAUGUUCCGCCGCCUAAUGGCCAUUGACCCUAACCGUCGCAGUCCUGCUAUUGAAGUGCACAAGUACUUACUACUGCCUUGGCGGGUGGACAGCUGUGGAGAGACACAGAGUCCCAAGGAUGACCCUCCAAAGGCAGUGGACUCUGAUGCCUUCCUCAGUGGCCCUACUGGGGAUAAUACUGACCUGGGCAGUAGCUCCAAGGAGAAUUGCCCUGGACAAAUACAGCCUGAACUAACUGUCUCUGAGAAAACCCACACCAUACAGAAUGGUCAUAGCCCUGGCAGCAAACCCAAUCCACAGGAAGACUUGUGGCUAACUGAGCCUGGGCUUCAGCCCUGAAGAAAGUCUUGAUGGAGAUAAUCCCCUUUUAUGAAUAGGCUGAACUCAGUAGAAAGACCCAAGUCAGGGAGGGAGGACUUAGCAGUAGUUUGAUCAGCACAGUGCUACCUCCCUUGCUGGCUAUUGGUCAGGGUGGUAUAGAACUAACUAGUCAGUAGGAAGGGAUCUGUUCCCUGACAAGACUGCUGGUGCAUAGUUGGGCAACGUUUAUUUCCAAAAACCAAGAGGAACAUCACUAGAGAAGGUAUAUAUUACUUCUACGCUAGCCUGCUUAUCUAAAGAUGCCAUCCUUCGUUCAUUCAUUUUUUAUAGAGCAUCUGGACAAUGCCGUUAUUAAAGCAUUGCAGUCCCGUAUUUUCUGUCAUCUUAACAUGUCUUUUUCAGACCUGACUGAUGAGGAUUUUUAGGAAAUAAAAUACAGUUGCAGUACCAGCCUGUUUAGUGUGGACAGGCAAAGUGCUAUUCCAGUUUCUCAGGGUUCCUGUUCCUCUAAGGUAGGGAUAGCUAACUCACAGGCUUGACCCAGGCCAUCUCAGCAAGUGGCCCUCAAGUCCCACAACUUCAUAUCCCAAUCUGAUCAGCAAGUAAAACUCUUGCCUAUUUUUUUAAAGAGCAGACAGAAUACUUUAUCUCCUGAUGGAGAUAUAAAAUUCCUCUUCCUGCUCUUUAGAGAUCCUCCAAUGGGGAGAGAAAAGAUUCCUCUGGCAUCCCUUCAGAGACAAUAUCUAAAGGGCAAUCUGAGGAAUCUUUUAUUUCCGACCUGAGAUAAGUCCUCUGCCUGAUGUAUGAGUAAAAAGGCAGCAUUCUCACCCCUCACUCCAGCACUAGGGUGGAGGUGAGGAAAAUGUUGCCUUUUAGUCUUCAUGAGCAGGCAGAAGGUUUAUCUCCAGUCUCAGCACUGUGGUGCUUAGUAUCAGCACUGUGGUGUUUAGCACUAAGACUGCUCUUUAGAGAUCCAGUGCUGAAGUUGGAUGGGUGAAGUGGGAUCCACUGCCCUUUCCUUUGCACAGUCCAAAGACAGCUGUAGUAUCUCCUCUAUCCGGUGAAACCUUAAAGUAGUGGCAUUGGAUAGAGUUUGGCUUUUUCACGUAUGGCAAAGUAAACUGAAAGGCUACAAGGAGGUGAAAAUAAUCUCUGUAAAUUUAAGGUUUAAAGUUUCAGCAACCACUUCCUCUUUCCAGAUCCUGUCUGUUUUUCUUCCUGAUUUGUGUGUGUGGGGUGUGUGUGUGUGUGUGUGGGUAGGGAAUUAGUGAUAGAUAGCCUAUUAACAGCCUCUUGAAAUGGCAUUCAGAAUUGCCCAGUUUCAGUGCUUUAACUUUACUUUCCUUGAAUUAUAUUUACUUCCCCCCAGACCCCAAAAUAGCAUGAUUAAACUGUUAAAGAAAAGAAAAAAGAAUGAAGGGAGAUCAGUAAUAAAAAACCUCCCCACAGGAACAGAAAUUGUCAGUGGGGCAGUUCUGAGAAACUAUUCAAGUGGCAAUUAAAUGACUAUCAUUAAUCUCCAAAGUGCAAUUAAUAGGAAGUAAUUAAACUUGAACUGCAAGCAACCAACUUUUAACUGAUAUUUAAUUGAGCUUUUUCUGAAUAGGUCUUAGAUGGAAGUAAACAUUAUAUGAGGCCCUUGGCCAUGGAGGAAGGGUGUUGCUGGAUAAUAAUAUAGUGUUAUAUUAACAUGCUGUGUGGAAAGUUCCAUUUUAAUUGCCAUUCCAGCUAAUUGUUGAAAAGUGAAGUUUCAGCUGUGCCAAAAGACUUUAAUGCAGAAACAAACAAAAGCAUCUUAUUUUAUGUAUCCAGCAGGAUGAGGCCAAUCUUAUAAAUAAUUAAGAGUAAGUAGAUGUAUAGAUUUGGAAAUGUGGUGGUCAAUGCAGAAAAAAAAAGUUUCGCUUGUUAAAAAUAAUGAAUUAUACAGGAGAUUUAUGUAUAUUUAUUGUACUGUUGAUGAAAUAAAUUUCUGUAAUAAAAUUGUUGCCAAUAAA